AUGCUCUCUCUGCAGUAUGGAUUUAUCAACACCUGUUUGAAGUCGCUGGUUGUUGACAAGUUUGGCGAGGAGACAUGGAUGAAGCUCAGAGAUGAGGCCGGGGUUCAAGAUACCUUCUUGACAUAUGAAGUGUACAAAGACGACAUCACCAUGCAACUGGUGGCUGCGGCCUGCAAGCUACUGGAUGUUAAACCAGAGGUGGUGUUGAGACAAUUUGGGGAAUACUUCUUUGACUUUUGUAAACGAUCUGGAUACGACCACAUGUUACGGACUCUAGGAGGGAACCUAUUCGAGUUUAUCGAGAAUCUGGAUGCACUGCACAGCUACCUCGCCCUUUCUUACAAGGAGAUGAAUGCGCCGUCAUUUCGAGCGGAGAGGAACGGUGACGGUACAAUGUUUCUUCACUAUUACUCCGACCGCCGAGGCCUAUGCCAAAUUGUCCCCGGUAUCAUUGAAGCUGUAGCAAAAGACUUCUUCAACAGCGAGAUAACGAUGGAAAUCGUCAACCAAAUAGAGGAAGUAGAAAGGACAGGAAAGAAGGAGCAUGUAGUCUUCCUCGUCACUCAGAAACCGACAUUUUCGAAUGCAGUUUGCAGUAACAAGCUGUCACAGACGCCGCCAUGUUUGCCCAGAGGCCCCAGGCGCAAUGCAAUGCACUGGAACCCAAACAAGGAGAUGUUUACUUCACUUAUAGGCAAACUCUUGAGAGGAUUUGAGCCAGUCUACCCGAAGAACCUUUGCAUCGACCUGAAGACAUUUUGCAAUGCCUUUCCCUUCCAUAUAGUGUUCGAUGAGGAGCUGAUGGUGAGACAGGCGGGGGUGAACAUCCAGAAGAUCGUCCCCGGGCUUCAGACCACGAGCAUUCACCUGGACCAGUACUUCAGUAUCGUCCACCCCGAGGUCACCUUCACCAUCUCCAGCAUCAGGAAGUUCAUCAACAGCCACUUUGUCCUGCAGACGCGACGCGACAUGAUGCCCGAAGCCUGGAGGGAUAGACCCAUGCUGGAGCUCAGAGGCCAGAUGUUGUGGAUGGAGUCUCUGCAGUGCAUGCUGUACCAGGCCUCCCCUUUGCUGCGGAGCCUCCACGAGCUGGAGGAGCGGCGCAUGCACAUCUCUGACAUCGCCCCUCAUGACGUCACGCGGGACCUCAUCCUGCUCAACCAGCAGCGGCUGGCUGAGAUGGAGCUCUCCAACCAGCUGGAGAGGAAGAAGGAGGAGCUCCGACACCUGUCCCAGCAUCUGGAGGAGGAGAGGACCAAGACGGAGAACCUGCUGUACGCCAUGCUGCCCAAACACGUGGCCAACCAGCUGAAGGAGGGGAAGAGAGUGGAAGCAGGAGAGUUCAAGGAGUGCACCAUCCUCUUCAGUGACGUGGUCACCUUCACCAACAUCUGCUCGGAGUGUGAGCCCAUCCAGAUCGUCAACAUGCUCAACUCCAUGUACCUCAAGUUUGACCGGCUCACCACAGUACACACAGUUUACAAGGUGGAGACCAUAGGUGAUGCCUACAUGGUGGUAGGUGGCGUGCCCAUCCCAGUGUCCAGCCAUGCUGAGAGGGUGGCCAACUUUUCCCUGGGCAUGAUCAUAGCAGCUAGGGAGGUUAUCAACCCCAUCACAGGGGGGCCUAUCCAGAUCCGGGUGGGUGUACACAGCGGGCCGGUUCUAGCUGGUGUGGUGGGGGAGAAGAUGCCUCGGUACUGCCUGUUUGGAGACACAGUAAACACGGCGUCUCGCAUGGAGAGCCACGGCCUCCCCAACAAGAUCCACCUCAGCCCCAGUGUUUACCUGAUUCUGAAAGACAAGGGCUUCAUGCUCCAAGAGCGAGGGGAGAUCGAUGUGAAGGGGAAGGGCAGGAUGUCCACCUACUUCCUGAAAGGGAACCUGAACGCCACGGAGCACCAGAUCAUGGGCCGCUCAGUUAAGGAGGCCGACUCGGGCCGUGCGUCUGUCCAGUCGGCACGGGACUGCAGCACAGAGGCAGCCCUGUAUAGACCGGCCAUCCAGAGGGUGCAGAGUGAGGACAGGAACCCCGCAGUGCCCAUGGAGUAUGGAGACAGCCUGACCGACCCGCCGCCCUCAGUUCAGCUCACUGACCCCCAGCCACAAGCCAGAGCCAAGGGCCUCACAGGUAAACCUCGGGACUCAGAGAGCUACGGCAGUCUUCACAGUGACACCAAGUCAGUGGAGGGAGGUGUCCCCAACCCAGACCACCAGCUGACCGUAGCAACCUUGUCCCAGAGUCCCAGUCCCAUAGAGGCUGAGGCUCCUCCUUCCACUCACAGGAACAAACACAUCCGGACCAGUUUCUGUGUGGUCCUCUGAACUGUUGAAAUACUAUCCAGACCAGUCACUGUAGCCCCGUUUAUACCUGGUGCUAACACAUACUUUAUCCUGAUCUUGUCCUCAUUCUGAUUGUGCCCACAUUUUCGCCGUUGCAUCUACACAUGAUAAGAGACACAUAUUAAAAUGUGUCUCUUAUCCUUGUGACCAGAUUUCCUGGUCCCUCCUGGUAUGCAAAUUAUUUGACAGAUAUUAUUUCAAAAUAAUAUUUUUUUGGUUCAUUUUAAGACACAUUGAUAAAUCAAUGGUGCCAACUGUCAAUGAUUUUAGAGGGCGGGAUAGUGAUGAUUUAAUAUGUUUUACUGUCCAGAUCCGCCUACACUAAGAUAUCCAGACACAAUGCAUCCCUAACUACCUCCGGAGAUUGUCAGGAACAUCAGAUCACAAUUAGAUCACAAUACAUCUUCUAAUCGUCUACACCUGUCUAAAAAGGUGGGCACAAUUCGAAUGUGGACAAGAUCAGGCAAAGGACGCAUGUUAGCACCAGGUAUAAACUGAGCUUAAGUGACCCACCCAUUCAAUUGGACCACAACCGCUGGAAUAUAGGAAAAUAAAUUAAAGUGGACUCUC